AAGCAUAGGGGUUCUUCUCCACCCCCGUGGAUUCGUUUGUAGUCAUUCUUUUGAAAUUUUCUUUCACAAUCGUAACUUAUACAACUCACUCAUAGAACCAUAAUAUAAUUUGCUAAUAAAGGUAAAUUCCCCGACUAAGUCCACGUGUUUUUCUAUCUUUCUAUCAAAACACCACGUGCUGGAAGUUGCAUAAGGUUAGGGUUAAGUUGGACCCAACCUACUCUGACUGUCACAACAAACGCGAAAAUGGUCGGACAGAAUUUGUACCCAAAGAAAUUAAUUGGUGAAUUAAAGAUAAAGAAAUCCGAUAAAAGCUAUAAAAUAUUUUUUAGUGGUAUUGAUAAUAAAUAAAUGUGCAAAUAACGCUAGCAUAAAAAACUUCCUGACAUCUUUUGCGUUGCUCUUAACAAAACGUCGCAUUGCUAUAUGAAUGUUUCUGUUGAUUUCAUUGGAGGAGUAAAAUUAUUGAUUUUUUUUAUAUUACAAUGACUGAGGAAGCUAAGAGCUGUUAUUUGAAAAGUAAUGAUACAGAAUUACUAACUGUAUUCUUGCCACAUCAAAAACCUGUUAUUGUGGGACGUUGCCCGGAGACUAACAUUACGGACUCACAAUGCUCUAGACAACAAGUACGACUCUGUGCAGAUUACCAGGAGUACAAAGUUUUUAUACAGCAGCUUGGAAAAAGGUCUUGUGGGUUCAAUGGCUUUAAAACUCGUAAAGAUGUCAAAUUUAUAGGUCAACAUGAAGACCACUUAGAAAUGUUAUAUGGUAAAUACGUAUAUGAAAUUGAAUUUAACCCUCCUCCUCCUAAAACUCUGUUACCUCAGAAGAGAACUAGACAAAUAGACAGAAGUACUGAAGAUGAAGAAUAUACUCACAAACAAGCAAAACUUGAAGACAACUUAGAUGACAAUAGUUUUGUGAAAGAAGAGCACAACGGAGAAAAGGAGAAAGAAACAAAACCAGCAAAAAAUACUGAAAGUAGCAUUUUGAAGUUUCUAAAAAAGCCAAGCAUGAGUUCCAAUAAAUCAAAAGAUGGGACUAACUCUGUAGGUGAGAAGGAUGAACAAAGUACAUGGGAAAGUAAAGAAAAUGGAGCAUUAUUAAUAUGUACAACAAAAGAUGUAGAAGGUCGUUCAAAGAUAGCUGCAUACGAUAUGGAUGGAACAUUGAUAAAAACACGUUCUGGCUUAGUAUUUCCAAAAGAUUUUGACGACUGGCAACUUAUAUAUCCAGAAGUAUGUGGGAAAUUAAAGACACUUCACAGUAAUGGUUAUAAAAUAGUCAUUUUCACUAAUCAAGGAGCAUUGGGUACAGGAAAGCUGAACGUUAAAUUAUUCAAGAAUAAAAUAAAAAAUAUAGUACAAAGAAUUGGUGUGCCAAUGCAGAUUUUUAUAGCUACUGGAAGUAGCAUCUAUAGAAAACCAGCAAUUGGUAUGUGGCAACAAUUGGAAAAGAACAAUGAUUCCGUACCCAUUGACAAAGACAGUUCUUUUUACGUCGGGGAUGCAGCCGGCCGACAAAAAAAUUGGGCUCCAGGAAAGAAGAAAGAUCAUUCAUCAGUAGACAGAUUGCUAGCAUUAAAUUUAGGCUUGAAAUUUUAUACCCCGGAAGAACAUUUUCUUGGACACAAAGAAGCACCUUAUCUACUGCCAACAUUUAAUCCAAAAACAUUACCAACUGUUGAUGUAUGUACAGGGGGAAAUAUAACUUCGAAUGUUCAAGAGAUAAUCUUGAUGGUUGGAUGUCCAGCAUCGGGCAAAUCAUUUUUUGUAAAAAAUUACCUAAGCAAUUAUGGAUACGUUAACAGAGAUAGUCUCGGGAGUUGGCAAAAAUGCAUUAGCGCCGUGCAGAAACAUCUGAUUGAUAACAAGAGUGUGGUGGUGGAUAACACAAACCCGGAUACUUCCUCCAGACAACGAUACAUUGAAGUAGCAAAGAAACAUGGUGUUCCUGUGAGAUGUUUCGUCAUGACGACAACUAUGGAACAUGUGAAACACAAUAAUAAAUUUCGAGUGUUAACAGAUCCCAGUCACGCUAGGAUUACUGAGAUAAUCAUUAACUCUUACAUAAAAAAUUAUCAAUCACCGACCUUGGACGAGGGUUUUACAGAAAUCGUACAAGUUAACUGCGUCCCACUGUUUCAGAAUGAUGACCAUCGAAAACUGUACGAAAUGUAUUUACUUGAAAGCUAGUAUUACUCGUUUAUAAUAUACAAAAUCACUAUAGGCAUGCUUGUAUGUACUUAAGUAGUGUUAUCUAAGUAAUAUUUAUUUUACAAUGUACUUUAAGAACAACUGGCUUUUCUUUAAAUAUUGUAUAAUUAAAAGCGAAUUAUUUAAAAAGACAUUGUAACAUUAUAAUUUUUUAAUAAAAUGAAUACGCACUUUUAA